AUGGGCGAGCACAAUCUCCUGAAUCCCGGGUUUGUGGGGCCGCUGGUGAACAUCCACACGGGAGACACGUUCUACUUCCCCAGCUUCCGCGCGUCCGGGGCGCAGCUGCCAGGGCUGCCUUCGCUGUCCUGCCCGCGCCGCGACAACGUGUGCUCGCUGCCCUGGCCGUCGGCGGAGCCCUGCAAUGGCUACCCGCAGCCCUACCUCGGCAGCCCGGUGUCGCUCAACCCGCCCUUCGGCCGCACGUGCGAGCUGGCGCGAGUGGAGGACAGCAAGGGUUACUACCGCGAGCCGUGCGCCGAGGGCGGCGGGGGCCUGAAGCGUGAGGAGCGCGGCCGCGACCCGGGCCCGGGAGUCGGGCCGGGGGCAGCGCUGCUGCCGCUGGAGCCGUCGGGGCCGCCCGCGCUCGGUUUCAAGUACGACUACGCGGCAGGCGGCGGCGGUGGCGACGGGGGCGCGGGACCCCCGCACGACCCGCCCUCGUGCCAGUCGCUGGAAUCCGACUCCAGUUCGUCCCUGCUCAACGAGGGCAACAAGGGCGCCGGCGCGGGCGACCCGGGCAGCUUGGUAUCGCCUUUAAACCCCGGCGGCGGGCUCUCCGCCAGCGGCGCGCCCUGGUACCCGAUCCACAGCCGCUCCCGGAAGAAGCGCAAGCCCUAUUCGAAGUUGCAGCUGGCGGAGCUGGAGGGGGAGUUUCUGGUGAACGAGUUCAUCACACGGCAGCGCCGGAGGGAACUCUCAGACCGCUUGAAUCUUAGUGACCAGCAGGUCAAGAUCUGGUUUCAGAACCGGAGAAUGAAAAAGAAAAGACUUCUGUUGAGGGAGCAAGCUCUCUCCUUCUUUUAG